AUGGAUACCGGUGAUAAAAUUCGAAGACAAAGAAAUCCCAGAGAAACUGCUAAUAUUUUUUCCCUUCUGAGUUUUGCAUACACUGGAAGUUUAUUUAGGCAAGCACUGAAAAACGAUUUGGAGGAAUCCAAUGUCUACGAUGUUCUCAAGAACUUAAAAUCUAAGACAUCUGGAGAUCUUCUGGAAGAACAAUGGGCGGAGGAAAGCAAGAGAGCCAGACCUUCCAUGGCCCGGCUUAUGUGGAAAAGGUGGGGAUGGAAGUAUAUUUUUAUAGGAUGCAUUGAUCUCACUUGGAGGACUUUCAGAAGUAUAAUGGAACCAUCAGCUGUCAGCAACCUAAUUUCAUAUUUUAAGCCAGGCCAAACCAAAGUUACUAAAAAUGACGCCUACUAUUAUGCAGCUUUAGUCCUCUUUCUACACGUAACGAACUGCAUCUAUCUUCACAAUUAUAUCAUGUGGGUCCAAGGACUAGCGAUCGAAAUUAAAGCUGCGUUUUCUUCGUUGAUAUACAGAAAGGCUUUGAAGCUAAGUCCAGCUGCCCUGGCAGAUAUAAGCUUGGGAAAUAUUGUUACGUUGAUAACGAAAGAUGUGUACACGUUUAGACUGUCGAUUUGGAUCAUUAACGAAAUUUGGACAGGAGUGGUACAAGUUAUAGUUGUUUGUUAUUUGUUAUAUUCCAAAAUUGGACUAGUAUCUUUUGCUGGAAUUGGAAUUUUGAUUCUAGCUAUACCAAUACAAGUUUACCUGGGAAAGAUUGUAACGGAUCUUAAAUUAAAAACUGGAGAAAAAACAGACGAACGACUACAAGUCACACAAGAAGCCCUGAAUUCUAUAAGAAUCAUAAAGAUGUACACAUGGGAAGAAUAUUUUAAUACAAAAAUUAAUGUUACAAGAUGCAAAGAACUGUCCAAACUUCUAUUGGUAUUCUACUUUAAAAUGCUGAUCAUCUUGACUGGGCUAAUCUUUUCCAAAGCUGGCUUCUACGUUCUUCUAACUGCUUAUAUCUGGCUGGGAUACUCUUCAGAUACUACACUAAUCUUUUACAUCCUGUCAAAUUUUAAGGACUUGAAACAAACUCUAGGAAAUGUUAUACCAAAUCGCAUGGGAAAAGCCGGAGAAUUCAUCUCGUCGUUUAAGAGAAUCAGCAAGGUAAUGAACUCUGAGGAAAUAAAUAUCAAACCACAAAAGUCAGAACCAACGGGUAGCCCUUAUGUGGAGAUGGAUAAAGUUUCAGUAUCAAUUAGAGACAAAGAAAUUUUAAAGAGUGUUAGUUUUAAAGUUAACUCUGGAUUGACCUUGGUAACUGGAAAAGUUGGGUCAGGCAAGAGUUCUUUGCUUAAAGUUUUAGUUCAGGACUAUCCUAUUACAAGUGGAGAUUUUGUUACUAAAGGUAGGAUUUCUUAUGCCUCUCAAGAUCCUUGGCUGUUUCCUUCGACUAUUAAACAGAACAUCAUUUUUGGACAACAGUAUAAUGAAAAAAGAUACCAAGAAGUGAUUCGGGUAUGUGCACUUCAAUAUGACUUUUCUCUCUUCGAGAAAGGAGAUGAGACAGUAUUAUCUGAUAGAGGAUCUAAUCUUAGCAAAGGACAGCAAGCUAGAAUUAAUCUUGCACGAGCAGUCUACAAACAAAGCGAGAUAUACUUGUUGGACGACGCAUUAACUGCGUUAGACCAAAGCGUCCAAGACUACAUUUUUAACGAGUGCAUUUUAAAAUACCUGAAAGACAAAAUAGUUUUCUUGGUAUGCCAAAAAGACAGUCAUAUUCAACACGCCGAUAACGUUAUACUGAUAAAGGACGGCGAAUUAAAAGAGUUUGGAAAACCGAAUGACUUUAUAAUAAAAGAAGUGGGUUAUAUUAUUACUACAGAUGAUGAUAUAGAAAAAGACUGUGUUAAAACGGAGAAUGAUAAUCAAGUUAAUGAGUAUCACAAGCUUCUCGAAGAAGACAAAGUUGAAGCAGCUAGACCCGUAUACAGUGAAAUUCAGAAGAAAGGAUCUGUGAGUGUUAAUGUAUAUGGAAAAUACUUUAUCUAUGGUGGCGGAUUUGCAUUGGCUUUUUUUAACCUUAUGAUGGGUGGACUAACGCAAUAUUCGGAGAGUUAUUCUGAUAAACUGCUAACAAGAUGGGUAGACAACCAACAAGACGUAUUAAUACUCCAAUCUAACAUAUCUUGGCACGUUCCUCCAAAUUCACAAUCAAUGAACAAUGCGUCGUCUUACCUAGAUAUUGCUCGAGAAAAAGAACAGCACACCUUUAGAAGCUAUACAAUAAUGAUUGUAGUAUCAGCGAUCUUGGACCUCGCUAAAACAUAUCUGAUGUUCGAUUUUUGUAGACGAGCUUCUGUAAACUUACACAACACCAUUGUGAAAAAGAUUUUGAAUGCAGUUAUGUUAUUUUUCGAUCGAAAUUAUAUCGGUAAUAUACUCAACAGAUUUUCCCAAGAUCUGGUUAAUAUCGAUGAGCAAUUGCCGCAAACGUUGAGUGAGUGUUACAGGUUUGUGUUUUCCGUUGGUGGAAUAAUAAUCCUAAUAGCAUCUAUCGAUCGCACCUUCCUGCUGUAUAGUGCUAUAAUAUUCACACUAUUGUUAAUACUAAGAUACCUGUACCUACCAGCUGGGAGAAGCUUAAAACGAUUAGAUGCCUCAACAAGAAGCCCGAUGAUUGGCCAUCUGAAUGCUUCUCUGGAAGGCUUGACCACUGUAAGAGCUUACGGCGUACAAAAAAGACUCAUAGAUGAAUUCGAUAAGCAUCAAGAUCUGCACACGUCUGCGCACUACAUGUCUGCUUGCACCAUCAGAGCUUUUGGUUUCCUCAUGGACUUUUUGUGCUCGACGUUCAUGAUUAUAGUUAUUACGAGAUUUAUUUUUGUCGACACAGAUACCAGCGCAGGAAACGUUGGGUUAGCUCUAACCCAAGUAAUGCUUUUGGGCAAUUCGGUUCAGUGGGGAGUACGGGAAUGGUCAGAGCUGGAAAAUCUCAUGACAUCUGUAGAAAGAGCUUUGGAGUAUACCGAAAUCAAAACCGAAGCAAAAUCUGGAUCUACGUUGGAACACUGGCCCAGCAAAGGAACAGUAACAUACGAAAAGGUCUCUCUUAGUUACACAGAAAAUGUUAGGGUGUUAAAAGACUUAAACUUCAGCGUUAAUAGUCAGGAAAAAAUUGGUAUAGUUGGAAGGACUGGAGCAGGAAAAUCUUCAAUAAUUUCUACACUAUUUAGACUAUAUGAUAUUGAUGGAAAAAUAUUAAUAGAUGGAGUAAAUAUUAAACUUUUAGACUUAACAUUUCUAAGAAAGAAACUCGCUUUAAUUCCACAAGAUCCAAUACUAUUCACUGGUACUAUUAGAACGAAUCUCGACCCCCUAAAUGAAUAUAAAGACACUGAAUUAUGGGAGGCUUUGGAAAAAGCCAAUAUUAAACAUUGGGUUACUAAUUUGAGCCAGCCAAUCAGUAAAGGUAGUUUAGAUAUAAGUUCUGGGCAAAAGCAGCUUAUUUGUCUAGCUAGAGCCAUUUUGCGACAGUCUAAAGUAGUCUUUUUAGAUGAAGCCACUGCUAAUAUGGAUCACGAGACUGACGAACUGCUACAUAGAACCGUUAAGAGUAAUUUUGUGGAGAGUACUAUGUUUAUUAUAGCACAUAGAUUGCAUUCAGUUUUAGAUUGUGAUAGGGUUAUGGUUAUGGAUAAAGGACAAAUUAAAGAGUUUGACAGUCCGAGAGUUUUGUUGCAAAACACAAAUGGAGCUUUUUAUAGUAUGGUUAAACAUGCUGGAUUAUUAAAUUAUUUAUCUUACAGUUAG